AAGUAAUUUAAAAGAUUUUGUGAUUGAUGCCCCUAGAUCUAGACUCAUUUGAUUCCAAUUCAUCUCAAGUAUCUUUGCAAAUGCAUAUAAAUAUUCUUACUCCCAGAUUUUUGGCACUCGCUUCAAAGACUUUUUGACGCGAUCUAGAAAUUCUACAUUUGCUAGCUUUGUUUAUUUGUUUUAUUCUACUCGGUCCUAUUGUAAAAAUGCUGUCAAAUUAUACCUGCUAUGUUCCUAACGAGUGGGCUGUUCACUCGGAAAAAGUUCUACACGAUACAAUAAGACGUAAAACAUUCCAACAAUGGCGUUAUUACAAACACCUUGAGGGAACAACGAUGCGUUUAGAGGACGUAACAGCAAAAUUUGUUUAUUAUAACUAUAAUCCGUGGAUGCGUAAAGCCGAUGACCAAUCUAACAGCCCAAAUAUGAACGAAUACUUUGGAAUACGAAUGAAUUGCAUUCUCUAUGUACGAGCACGUACUACCCUCCAUUCUACUCUCGUUGAUUUUGUCUUAGCUAUUAUGAAUCCUUACUAUUCUAAGAGUACACAACAGGUAAAUUUAACAGAAUUUACGAUAUCAGUUACUGCAAAACAAUUAAUGCGCACUUUAACUAAAUCAAAGUAG